GCUUUAUUUAUUUAGAUGUUUAAUUACUGCUACAUUUUGUUUUCUCAGCUACUAACAUACUUUGUGUGUUGCUUUACAGGUGUUGGAGUUGGGUUUACAUCUGCUUUACUUUUUAAGUAUGCAGGGUUGGAUAUUGACAAUCUUCAAAACUUGGAGUGCUGUCUGUUUGUCCUCUUUCCAUAUUUCUCUUACAUGCUUGCAGAAGGUCUUGGUCUGUCUGGUAUUGUGUCAAUAUUGUUCACAGGAAUGGUCAUGAAGCAUUAUACGUAUUCAAAUUUAUCAGAAAACUCUCAAAGAUUUGUUUCUUCCUUUUUCCAUUUGAUAUCAUCACUAGCGGAGACGUUUGUGUUUAUAUACAUGGGCUUUGAUAUUGCCAUGGAACAACAUAGCUGGUCACAUGUGGGGUUCAUUUUUUUCUCAAUUAUAUUUAUUGUAGUUGCAAGGGCAGCUAAUGUUUUUUCUUGUGCAUAUUUGGUCAAUUUGGUUCGACCUGCACACAGACAGAUACCUUUAAAACACCAGAAAGCACUUUGGUAUAGUGGACUUCGAGGGGCCAUGGCUUUUGCCCUGGCUCUGCAAUCAGUUCAUGAUCUCCCAGACGGACAUGGCCAGACUAUAUUCACUGCAACCACUGCCAUAGUGGUUCUGACGGUGUUAUUAAUUGGAGGUUCAACCGGCACCAUGCUGGAAGCUUUACAAGUUGUAGGUGAUGGCAUUGAGGGAACUUUGGGUGAAAAUUUUGAAGGGAACAAUGGCUAUAUUGCACCAUCUUUUGAUGACGAAGGAUCAUCAGGAAACAGGAUCAAGAUGAAACUGAAGGAAUUCCAUCAGAGCACAGCGUCAUUCACAGCGUUAGAUCGAAACUACCUCACGCCAUUCUUUACAAGCCAGAAUGGUGAUGAAGAGGAUGAGCUUGAUGAGCCAAUGCCUAGCUCUACAAGAAGGGGUUUCCAUGGCCUUGGCCAACAGUCUCGAUGAUUCAGUUUUCCGAAAUAAAUAAGGUAGAAGAUGAAGUCAGUUUUGUAUAUAGGCUUGCGCCAUGAAAAUGGCUUCAUGGAUGUGAAAGUCACAAAUGCACUAAUAUUAGUAUCCAUUUUCUGUACUUAUUGAUCUCUUACACCCGAUGUAUUGAUAGAAGUAAAUACCGGAUUGAAGUUGAACCAUCCGUACUUAAUUUUGCUUUGUAUAAUUCUUAGUUUCUUCUCCAUGGAACUUGAAAAUGUGUGAUAGCCUUUUCCAUUUUGUAAUAUCAUGAUUCAAGCUGUUCAUUUUUUAUGUCA